ACCUUUUUUUUUGGAUUAUUUGGAUUUAUUUGUCUAUCCUACCAUCUAUAUAUACGCUUAACUGCCAUAAAGAUUCAUCUCACAUUCUCCACUGCACUUUUUUGUGAUUAUUUCUGUCUGUGAUGAUGAACGCUGGGGGUCUCAAUUUCAUGCCUUCAACUGGCGCCAUGGAUUUCAGGAACUCUUCCUAUUUUUCCUCGUCGUUGUCCUUGACUAAUAUGCAGCUAUGGAGGGAGGAGCUGAGAUCACGUAUUGAUCUGAUAGCCAUGACUUCUGAGGGGCGACGAUUCAUUGAGGAAGAGUUGAGAUCGCGUAUUAAUCUGGCAGCCAUAAGUUCUGAGGGACGACGAUUCCUGGAGAAGAAGCUGGAGGCGGGAGAUCAUGAAAUCGUCGGAAUCAUCGUUGAGAAGCUGAAGCAUAACAUCCACGCCUUAAUGGUACAUGAUGUCGCCAAUUUUGUUAUACGCAAACUUUUUGAGGUUUGCACCGAAGAACAAAUGUCGGAGUUGCUUGUUGAGCUGCUAAGUUCCCACUCCAAACUCGUAUACGUCUGCACACAUUCGUUGGGAGCACGAGCGGUGCAAACAUUGUUGCAGAAUCUGAAAAUUUGGAACCAGAGAUUGACAGUGAUAUUUGUUUUCAGCCGGAUUGUCGUCGAUCUCACAACAAAUCGUUGUAGCCAUCAUAUUAUUAUGCAUUUUCUCAAGCACUUCCACUCCCAAGAAUACAAGCUAUUCAUUGAGGGUUUGGCCAACAAUUUAGUCGACAUUUGUACUAAUAAAGAUGGAUGCUCCAUGAUUAAGAAAAUAAUUACUUAUGUCGAGGUUGUUGGUGAUCUCUCAUCUUGGGAACUUCUUACUUUUGCAAUAGCAAGUCAAGCACUCUCAUUAGCCGAAGAUGAAUAUGGAAAUUGUAUUUUACAAUACUUGGUGGAGUUAAGGAUACCCGAUCUAACAACAUCAGUGGUUGCGUCAUUGCUCGGGAGAUUUGUGUUCCUUUCGAAAAAUAAAUUCGGUAGUCGCGUGGUGGAGGGAUGCUUGCAAUGCACGACAUCGCCUUUAAAGGAAGUUAUAAUGAUAGAGAUAGGCGAACCUCUGCAGUUCCUAUCUCUUGCAAAAAAUGUGUAUGGCAAAUAUGUGGCACGGACUGCACUUCAAGUAUCACGAGGUAGAAUAAAUAAACUACUCAUAAGAUGCGUGAAAAGUCGUUACACGAUGCUAAAGAGUCAUAUCCAUGGGUCGAAGGUGCUGCAAGAGAUCAAGAAACUUGAACGCGGUCGCCGUCAUGUCAUCUGAGGAAGGAUUUGUAAAAAAUUUUGUGUAGAUAUGUAGAAAAUUAAUUAGGUGAUUAAUAACAUUGAUUUACUGUCGAGAAACUUCUCAAGUCAUUAAUUGUGUUAUUUUGUAUCUAUUCAAUGCAGAACGUUGUUUGUGGUAAAAUUUUCGGUGAUGGUUCAUAGGUUUAUGAAAUAAUUUGAUUUGUGUUUUUGGUAAAUAUUUC